AUGUCAUCGACAGCACCACGGCCGUUCAUGAAAAUCGAUCUAGCCGAUUUUGAUAAUCGUCGUGAUGAAAUCGUGAGCGAUAUCAUGAAGGCAGCUUCCACUCAAGGAUUUUUUUACUUGGUGAAUCAUGGGAUCCCCGUCGAGGAUAUCCAAAACAUGUUCAACCACAGCUACAACUUCUUUGCUUUACCCGAUGACAUGAAGAAGAAAUACCCCUUGGACGCACCUCGAAAUGCAGGCUAUGAAAAGUUUGGUCAGAUUCGCCCAUCCACUGGACUUCCCGAUCUUAAGGAAUCCAUUCAGCUUGCCUUCCAUAACACACCCGAUCUUUGGCCAUCGGAACAAGAUGCACCCGGUUUCCAGAAAGCCGCCGAAAAGUUUAUGCAAAAGUGUAAUGAGGUCUCCGGACGUUUGCUCACCUGCCUUGCCAUCGGACUUGGAUUCCCCGACGAUUUUUUCACUCGAUGCCACGAUAUCACCCAACCUGACAGUCUGAACACACUUCGAUGCAUUCAUUAUCACGAGAUUUCAGGUCAAUCUAUGGGCCCGAAAUACUGUCGUGCGGGAGCCCACACCGAUUUGGACAGUCUCACUUUACUAUUCCAACGACCGGGAGAACAUGGUUUGGAAAUGUGCCCUGGCCGUCAACAAGUUGGCGAGCCAUUGAAAGCCGACGAAAACGAUUGGAUACCGUUGCAGCCCGAGGAAGACGAGAUUGUAUGCAACAUUGGCGACAUGAUCAUGCGAUGGUCGGACGAUCAGUUAAAGAGCAAUUUCCAUCGAGUCCGUUGUCCUCGCUCGGGCGAGUAUCAAGGAUCACGAUAUUCCAUGGCCUAUUUCAAUCAAGCCAAUCGGUCGGCCAUCAUUCAAGGUCGUACCAAAUACACCGAACCUGUCACCGCCGGUGAAAUGUUACGUUUGGCCAUGGAACGCAAUUACCAAAUCGUCAAAGCCAUGGAAACGAAAAAGGCUACCGAAGCCGCUGCUGCCAAUAUCGUUACCAACCAUGUAGUGAAGCCAGCCUCUAUCAUGCCCGUCUUGGCGAUUGUCAAAAAUAGCCAAUUAAUGGCCAUGGGAGAAUUUGAUACAAAUGCGGAAUUACGGAUUUUGAUCCUGGUCAGGAAAUUUAUGGGGAUGCCUGAUGCUGCGUUUGCCCAAUCACAUACAGCACCUAAAUGA